AUGGCACCACCAACCGACCGCAAAGAAAUCCUGGCCCGCCUACGCGGUCACAUCCAAGCCGGAAAGCCCAUCGUCGGUGCCGGAGCAGGUAUCGGCCUGUCCGCCAAAUCCGUAGAAAGCGGAGGCGGCGACUUGAUUGUCAUCUACAACAGCGGACGGUUCCGCAUGGCCGGCUGCGGCAGUCUCGCAGGCCUGAUGCCAUACAGCAAUGCCAACGAUGUGGUCGUUGAAAUGGCAGCGGAAGUGAUUCCCAUUGUGAAGGACACACCCGUUGUAGCUGGCGUGUGCGGCACAGACCCUUUCAGACUGAUGCCGCGGUUCCUCAAACAGCUCCAGGAGUUAGGCUUUGCGGGUGUGCAGAAUUUCCCAACUGUCGGGUUGAUUGAUGGUGUUUUCCGGGCGAAUCUUGAAGAGACGGGGAUGGGGUUCGCGAAGGAGGUUGACAUGAUUCGAGAGGCGGCGCGGCUGGGGCUUUUGACUACGCCCUACGUUUUUAAUGUUGAGGAUGCGGUUGCUAUGACGAAUGCUGGGGCUGAUAUUCUCGUUGCUCAUAUGGGCUUGACGACUUCCGGUACUAUCGGUGCGAAGACUGGGAAGUCGCUUGAGCAGUGUGUCGAAGAGGUCCAGGCUAUCAGGGAUACGGCUGUGAAGAUUAAUCCGGAGAUUAUUGUUCUCUGCCAUGGCGGUCCAAUUGCUGCGCCAGCUGAUGCCAAGUUCAUGUUUGAGAGGGUUCGUGGCUUGCAUGGCUUCUAUGGUGCAAGCUCCAUGGAGAGACUUCCUGUCGAGAAGGCAAUCGCAAACAUUACUGCUGAGUUCAAGGGACUCAGUAUACCUCAAUAG